UGCACCUGGCAGAUUCCCCAUAAUGCCCCUAUCUAUCUAUGCUUGAUCAAGUUACAGUCUUGAAGACCUUUUUGACCUCUUUGGCUUUUCAUUUGUUUGUCUGAAACAGGAGGAAAACAGUCUUUUAUAGACAAUUAGGGCUGCUGUGUACGCUGCCGCAGCUUUGACACUCGUGAACACAGCAGUCAGAUUCGAGGACAUGGGACCGUGAAAGUAUGGCGGAUGCCGAGGAGCCGGAGAAGAAAAGAAGGCGAAUAGAAGACCUGACUGAGAAAAUGGCUGUAGAUGGUGGACACAAGGACGGUGGUUGUGACUGGGAUGGCCGGUGGAAUCACGUGAGGAAGUUUUUGGAAAGGCCCGGCCCGUUCACCCAUCCUGACUUUGAGCCAAGCACUGAGUCACUACAGUUUUUGUUGGAGACGUGCAAGAUUCUGGUCAUCGGGGCAGGAGGGCUUGGGUGUGAACUUCUCAAAAAUCUGGCUCUGUUUGGGUUUCGCCUUAUUCAUGUGGUUGACAUGGACAUUAUUGAUUUGUCCAACCUCAACAGGCAGUUUCUUUUCAGGCCUAAAGAUGUUGGACGAGCAAAAGCAGACGUGGCUGCUGACUUCAUCAACAGACGUAUCCCUGGGUGUAAAGUCGUCCCUCACUUUAAAAAGAUCCAAGACUUUGAUGAGUCUUUCUACAGGCAGUUCCACAUCAUAGUCUGUGGGCUGGAUUCCAUCAUUGCCAGACGCUGGAUGAACGGGAUGUUGAUAUCCCUCCUGAGUUAUGAAGAUGGUGUCCUGGAUCCCAGCUCCAUUAUUCCCCUCAUCGAUGGAGGAACCGAGGGUUUUAAAGGAAAUGCCCGUGUCAUCCUCCCUGGCAUGACUGCAUGCAUUGACUGCACACUGGAGCUGUACCCGCCACAGAUUAAUUUCCCCAUGUGCACCAUUGCAUCAAUGCCGAGGCUACCUGAACAUUGCAUUGAAUAUGUCAGAAUCUUACAGUGGCCCAAAGAGAAGCCAUUUGGAGACACCAGCUUAGAUGGAGACAGUCCAGAGCACAUCCAGUGGGUGUUUGAAAGAGCCCAAGAAAGAGCUGCAGAGUUUAACAUUACAGGAGUGACAUACAGACUCACUCAAGGUGAGCCUGUGAAUAAAGAGACUAUUCCUGCUGUGGCAUCAACUAAUGCUGUUAUUGCUGCUGCCUGUGCCACUGAGGUUUUUAAAAUAGCUACAAGUGCAUAUAUUCCUUUAAAUAAUUACCUGGUCUUUAAUGAUGUGGAUGGACUGUACACCUACACAUUUGAAGCAGAACGAAAGGAAAAUUGUUCAGCGUGCAGCCAGGUGCCUCAGGACCUCCAGUUCCCUCCUUCUGCCAAACUACAGGAGGUUUUAGAGUACCUGACAGAGAAUGCCUCUCUACAAAUGAAAUCCCCAGCUAUCACAACAACUCUGGAGGGGAAGAAUAAAACACUGUACUUACAGUCUGUGAAAUCCAUCGAGGAACGGACAAGGCCAAACCUCUGCAAGACAUUGAAAGAGCUUGGCUUGUCAGAUGGACAGGAACUAGCUGUAGCUGAUGUUACCACACCCCAGACAGUUCUCUUCAAGCUCAAUUUCACUGCCUGAACCUCCAUUAAAACAAACAGAGCUGACAUCAUAUUGACGGCAUCUGAACACAAUCUGAGUGUUAUACGUGGUUACUGUUAUGUUGCUGGAGCACAUUUGAUGUAGUUAUGUAAAUACAAUGAGUAAGAGCUCACCUAUGGGAUAGGAUUUGUUUUUGUAUGAACAAGGAAGUCGGUUAACAUAGUUUUUUUGUAUUGGUAACCCUGUUUACUUGUACUGUAUGUUUGUCCUGUGUUGACUUGUAUUGUGGUCAAGCAAAUGACAAAGAUUUAUUAUCAUGGUUCUAGAGGAAGCCAUUGGACCAGAUUUGUCCCCCUUCUUCAUUUAGAAGCAACAGAGCAGCUUCACUACCCUUUUAAGUGUAUUCAAAGCAGCUGUAUUACACCGGCAGCACACCCACACCCCAGCUUUUUAAAAAAUAGAUUUGGGAUAAAGUCUGUAAUUAAGAUUAAAAUAACAAAUGGUUGCUUUAUUUAUUGAAAUAAUAAAUGUUUUAUUUGACAAUCCAAAGGAGCACUCCCAUCAUUUUAAGAAAUAGUUAAUUAGAAUGAAGAGGUGGAUGCUGGCAGCUCCUCUGGCUCUGGAAAAAAACACCAAGCUCCACCCGCCUGGUUUUUAAGCUGAACUAACGUAAGUGCUGGCUUCAUAUGCAGUGAGGUGUAGUGUCUGUGUUCUCAUUUAAGCUCUGUAAAUAAGCAUGUCUUUGAAAAAGAUCUUGAUAUUAGUAAGCAAUUAAAGAUAUUUCUAACUUUC